AUGUCGAACGACUCCUUGGUUACAUCACGAAUAGUAGGAGAUGUGUUGGACCCCUUCCGUAGCACAGUUGAUCUGACAGUGCUCUAUGACGGUAGGUUCGUCAUUAACGGCAUGGAGUUCCGCUCACCGGCGGUAUCGGGCAAGCCGAGCGUCGAGAUCGGCGGCGACGAUAUUAGCGUGACAUACACCCUUGUCAUGGUGGAUCCUGACGCUCCUAACCCCAGCAAUCCGACCUUGAGGGAAUAUCUUCACUGGAUGGUAACCGAUAUCCCAGGAUCAAUGGAUGACACCUACGGUCGGGAGGUGGUGUGCUACGAAAGCCCGACGCCGGCGACUGGGAUCCACCGCAUGGUGCUGGUGCUGUUCCGUCAGCUCGGGCGGAACACGGUGUACGCGCCGUCGAUGCGCCACAACUUCAACACCCGCAACUUCGCCCGCCGCUACAACCUUGGCGCGCCUGUCGCCGCAAAGUACUUCAACUGCCAGCGCCAGGCCGGCUCCGGCGGCCCGAAAUUCACCGGGUCCUACACCAGCCGCCGCCAGCAAAUCUAA